UUAUUUAUAUACAGUAAAUCUUGUCCAGAAAUAUUCAGAAAAACCUGACCCCACAAAUCUAGCCCUCCGCCGAUGACGACGGCCCUGCUUGAAACCUCCCAAAUCGCUCCGCCGCCGGAAGCGGCAGCCGAGCAGUCGCUGCCGCUGACCUUCAUGGACAUCGAUUGGCUGAUUUUCCACCCAAUCCGUCGCCUCAUCUUCUACGAAUUCCCUUGCUCGAAGCCUCAUUUCUUAGAAGUAAUCGUCCCCAAACUCAAACAAUCCCUCUCACUAACCCUCAAACACUUCUUCCCACUCGCCGGCAACAUCGUCUACCCUCUCAACUCCGGCGCUUUGCCGGAACUACGAUACAUCCCCGGCGACUCUGUUCCGCUAUCUGUUUGCGAAUCGAGCGACGAUUUCGACAAUUUCGUCGCGAAUCGCGCUCGAGAUGCCGAUAAAUUCUACGGUCUCAUCCCUCAGUUGCCGCCGAUGAUCGUCCAAUCCGAUUCCAAACUCCUCCGAGUUCUAGCUCUGCAAGUGACUCUGUUUCCCGAUCGCGGCGUCUGCAUAGGCCUCGCGAACCACCACAGCGCCGGCGACGCCACCUCCAUCGCCGCCUUCCUACGGCGCUGGUCUUCGACCAGUAAAAUCGGAGGAUCAGACGACGAGAUCUCGAUUUCCGAAGCUGAAUCUCUCCCGAUUUUUGAUAGGUCUCGUUUCAUUUACCCUGCAAAACUGGACCCGUGUUCCUGGAAUCAAAUCAAAGAAAUUCCACUCCCGCCGCCGUCUCUCCCUUUGCCGACAAAUCGCGUUCGAGCUACGUACGUUCUGAGCAAAUCGGAGCUCGAGAAGCUCAAGCUCUCGAUUCAGUCCGCAGAUCUAGGUUUAGCUUACGUAUCGUCCUUUGUAGCUAUGGCUGCUUAUGUUUGGUCCUGUUUGGCAAAAUCGAGCUUAGCUGAUGAAGAAGACGACGAUCGUCUCGUGUUUUUCUUGAUCGCGAUCGAUGCGCGAGCUCGUUUAGAUCCGCCAGUUCCCGACAACUACUUCGGGAACUGCGUGGUGCCCGGACUGGCUAGAGUCCGGCGCCGGGAGAUAAUUUCCGACGGUGGGGUCUUCGCCGCAGCUCAGGCUACUGCGAAGGCCAUUAAGGAUAGGGUGGGUGACAAGAAGAAGAUUCUAGAAGGUGUGGAGAAUUGGGGGUAUGAGAUCAUGUCCGCGGUGCAGGGGUCGUUUUUGGCCGUGUCUGGUUCGGCCAGAGUCGACCUCUACGCCGCGGAUUUCGGGUUCGGGAAGGCGAGGAAAGUGGAGGUGUUGUCGAUUGAUGGGGAGAAAUACGCAUUCUCGUUGUGCAAGUCUAGGGAUUUUGAGGGAGGCUUGGAGAUUGGAUUGUCUUUGCCUAAGCUCGAAAUGGAGGCUUUUGCUGCAUGUUUUGAUCAUGGAAUCAAGAAUUUAUAAUUUAUAAUAAAUCUCUUUGUUCUUGCUUAAAAAAAAAAACCUUUAUGUGAAUGACACACUUAGUUUGUCAUUAUAUUGACAUGUCUCGAGAAGUCCUUUCAUUUUCAACCAGAUCGUGUUGAAGAUUCUUUGAUCAUAGAAUCAAGAAUGUAUGAAUAUCCCACCUUUUUAUUUUUACUA